UCUAUCGUCGCAACCCGCCCACCCCGAGCUCUAGAGCGAGUGUGCGUGUCUGAGGGAGUGCGUGCUUCUUCUCCCUGGCGGGGCCUACUCCCGACAAUGCUGGCGGCGGCUCUGGCUUCCCUGAGGCGUUAGGGCGGCGGCGGCGUCUCCGCCUCCGCCGCCGUCGCUUUCCGUUCCCCCCUCACGGGCGCCGCGUGAGGCCGAGGCGAAGCCGGCGGCGGUGUCGUCUCUCUGAGGCUGAUUAUGGAAGAGGCUCACAAAAGCAACAGUAACAAUUCAGCGACACCCCCACAAGCAGCAUCUUUACAAGGUACCACGCUACAAGCAGCUCAGCUUUCUCGUGUUUCUCAACAGAUGUCCCUUAGAGGUCAAGCUCCACUGACAGUGGUUCAGCUCUCUGGGGAUCAAGUCCAGGGAGUCAUUCAUACAGCUCAAACCUCAUCUGUCAUUCACUCACCACAAGGGCAAUCAGUGCAGGUUUCUUUGUCAGAGAGUGAUGACUCACAAGAUUCCUCAGAUAGCAUAGGCUCUUCACAGAAAGCCAGAGGAAUCCUAGCACGCCGUCCAUCUUAUAGAAAAAUCUUCAAUGAUCUUUCUUCUGAAGACGCACGAGACAGGAAAGGAGAUGAAGCAAGUCCUGGUAUCUCUACUAUCACAUCAAUGUCUGUCCCUACGCCCGUUUACCAAACAAGCACUGGACAAUAUAUUGCCAUUGCUCCAAAUGGACCAUUACAGCUGAGCAGCCCGGCGACAGAGUGUGUGCAGGGUUUGCAGACCUUUACAAAUGCUGGUGGGACUCCGCUAUUACAGUAUGUACAGACAUCUGAUGGUCAGCAGAUACUUGUGCCAAGCAACCAGGUGGUAGUGCAGACUGCAUCAGGAGACAUGCAGACAUAUCAGAUACGCAGCACACCAACCACCACUUCCCUCCCCCAGACGGUUGUGAUGACAGCUCCUGUCUCCUUGACAUCUCAGUCAACCAAGACGGAUGAUCCACAGUUGAAACGUGAAAUACGGCUGAUGAAAAAUAGAGAAGCAGCUCGAGAAUGCCGUAGAAAGAAGAAAGAAUAUGUUAAAUGUCUUGAAAAUCGAGUUGCUGUUCUUGAAAACCAGAACAAAACUCUAAUUGAAGAACUAAAAACUUUGAAAGAUCUGUACUGCCAUAAAAAUGUGUAAAAGAAGAAAAAACACCCUUUUGUGAACAUAAGAAUUUUAGAAGGAUUUUUUAUAUUAAUUUUUUUAAUUAAGAAAGGUCAAAAAUGAAUCUCUUCUAUCCAAAUUCCACAAAGACUUGAGAUUCUAUUUAGAACCUUUGAUGGCAGAG